UUUGAAGUUCUUGUUAAACAUUCAGAGACUAAAAUGCAUUACCAUUUUUCUUUUAAUAAAUACAGAUUUUUGUGGACAAAUUGAUUGCUCAGUUAUCUACAUUACAGUUUUUCUUAACUUUCUUAAAUUUAAUUGUCUCAUACUAUAAAAUCGAUGCAGAGGAUCCUUUAAAAAAUUAAACUCCUAAUGUGAUUACUCUGAUCAUUUUCUUAUCUAUUUCUCCAGUGAAUCCCCUUUUUAAAGUAACAUUUAAAAAAAUAAAUGCACUUGAGGAAUGAAAUUCCUCACAAAUCAUAAAUAAUUAAUUAUACAAAUAGGGCUUAGCCUACUUGGAGGGCAGCAUUUUCAGUAUCUCAUCCUCCAAUAACUUUUUUAGACUCUCCACGCUUCUUUUCAGCAGAAAUAAUAGCAAGAGAGAAGCGUUUCGCUUUUCAGCUGACAGUUUAGGGUUAAGAUAUGAUUCCAGGUAACAGAAGCCAAUGAGAGUACACCCAGUUGAUGUUUGUGACAUCAUCUUCCAGUCGGAGUACACAGAACAGCUGAGGCAGCGUUCAGUUUCAGCCCGAGUGCUAUUAUGAUGGAUGUUUACAUGUCUUCAUUGAGAGCCAAUUAUCUUGCUUUUGUGUGAGGCCCAAGGAUCACUCAUGCUGCCAGGCUGCGCAGAGCACUGUUGGAUCUAGCUGAACGAAUUGUUUUUCUCUGUCUCCGGUAAGAGCCUGUUCCGUUUACCUUCUCAUUCGAAACAGAGGUGGAGAUGUCUAACGGAGAGAGGAGUGUAAAGACUGAGCAGGGUUACUAACCGGUGAGCUUUUAAUCAAAGCAAUGUUUAGCAUCGUUAAAGAGAGGUAGAGAUUUAACAGAGGGGAUGGAAAAGAGCUGCUAAUGUGUACCUGGCAAACUAAUCCGUAGUAGGAAAUGGAUAGCAGGGUGACAAUAGCUUUUAUACAGGACAGAUUAUGUCAGCUUCUUUCUUAAGGAGAGGAUGUUUAAAUUUUAUCAAAUGAAAUAUAUUUUUCAAAUAUUGGAUAAAAUGAGAUGCCUGCGAAAACGUUCUACAGUGUCAUUCUUGGGUGUCCUUGUUGUUUUUCUUCUAUUCAUGAAUGUGUUCAUUGAAGAUAGCUAUGUUCUGGAAGGCGACAAGCAACUUAUAAGGGAAACAUCAACACAUCAACUUAAUUCUGAACGCUAUGUUCAUACCUUCAAGGAUUUAUCAAACUUCUCAGGAACUAUAAAUGUCACCUAUCGCUACCUGGCUGCCACACCUUUACAGAGAAAGCGAUAUCUCACAAUUGGACUUUCAUCAGUGAAACGGAAAAAAGGAAAUUAUUUACUUGAGACAAUCAAGUCAAUUUUUGAACAGUCCAGCUAUGAAGAACUAAAAGAAAUUUCAGUUGUAGUGCAUCUAGCAGACUUUAAUUCAUCAUGGCGUGAUGCCAUGGUCCAAGAUAUUACACAGAAAUUUGCCCAUCAUAUUAUUGCAGGAAGAUUAAUGGUUAUACAUGCUCCUGAAGAAUAUUAUCCAGUUCUGGAUGGUCUUAAAAGAAAUUACAAUGACCCAGAAGAUAGAGUCAGAUUUCGCUCCAAGCAAAAUGUAGAUUAUGCUUUUCUGCUAAAUUUCUGUGCCAAUACUUCUGACUAUUAUGUAAUGCUUGAAGAUGAUGUCCGGUGUUCCAGAAAUUUCUUAACUGCCAUCAAGAAAGUUAUCGCAUCCUUAGAAGGAACAUACUGGGUAACUCUUGAGUUCUCUAAACUUGGCUACAUUGGAAAACUCUAUCAUUCUCAUGAUCUCCCACGUCUGGCCCAUUUCUUAUUAAUGUUUUAUCAAGAAAUGCCUUGUGACUGGCUAUUGACUCAUUUCCGAGGGCUGUUGGCUCAGAAAAAUGUGAUUCGAUUUAAACCUUCUCUCUUUCAGCACAUGGGGUAUUAUUCAUCCUAUAAAGGAACGGAGAAUAAACUGAAGGAUGAUGACUUUGAAGAGGAGUCAUUUGACAUCCCUGAUAACCCCCCAGCAAGUCUCUACACCAACAUGAAUGUCUUUGAAAAUUACGAAGCAAGCAAGGCUUAUAGUAGUGUUGAUGAGUACUUUUGGGGAAAGCCACCUUCAACGGGGGAUACGUUUGUUAUUGUAUUUGAGAAUCCUAUUACAAUUAAAAAAAUUAAAGUGAAUACUGGAACAGAAGACCGGCAGAAUGACAUUUUGCAUCACGGAGCCCUAGAUGUUGGGGAAAAACUCAUUUUUAGCAAACAAAUAAGACAAUGUGAAACUUACUUAAGACUAGGGGAAUUCAAAAAUGGAAACUUUGAAAUGUCAGAUGUGAAUCAAAAAAUUCCCUUUGACAUACAUUGCAUGAGGAUAUGUGUCACCAAAACUCAGAAAGAAUGGUUGAUAAUUAGGAGCAUCAGCAUUUGGACUUCCUAGCCAAGUAAAUCAGUAGAUUAAGUUUCUGAAACAGGUCUUCCUGUUUCAAUUUUUGCUAUUCCCUCUUUUGCUACUUUUGUCUUUUGGAGGGUAACUAAUUGGUGUGCUGUGGCACAAGAACGUUGAGUCAUCUCAGCAGUUUUGAUUGUAGUUUUACCAAGCACAUCUUUGUAAUUAUUUUCACAUUUCAGGUUGAAUAUCAUUCUGUAGUUAAAACUGAUUUCACUCAUACAUUUAAAUGUUCAUAGUUCCAAAUUUCAACUCAUUGUGCAAAGAGUUGAUAAUUUAUUUUAUGUUUAGAAAGAUUCUUAGUAAGAAUAUAUGAGAAUAUGCAGAUUGGUUGCCAUCAUAAAAUGGGAUACUUUUUCUUAUAAAUUUAUGCUUUCACUGACUGCUGUAUUUCUACAAUUAAUACCUCCUCAUGGAAGUGGUGUCUUUACAACAGAUUAGUUGUGUAAGUAGAGCUUUGGAAAAACAGACUUAAAAGUCAUCAUUCCUUUGGUUAUUUCUAUGGAAAGGAACAUUGCUCAUUGUUUUAAAACAUUUAAUUGAGCACAUGUUAAUACAAUUCCCAUGAGAAUAAGUCUAUUUCUAAUUUCCCUUUUGAAAAUAUAUAGUUAAGCUCAAUAUUUUAAGGUUAUAUUGGAUAUCUGUAAUUAAUAGAGGAAGAGAGAUGGCUUACCAUUAGUUCAUUCAUACAUUUUCAGUAUAUGUAGAAAAAACUGAAAUUGAUGUUUUUACUUUUUGUAUUAAAACUCAUGUGAUUAAAAUUGUUGUAAUUUAUCAUAUUUGGGGAAGAUUAAAUGGCUGUCUUAUGUGGGAGAAAAGUAAAAUUUAAAGUAACUAAGUU